AAGGUUAAACACAUUUACUAUAACAAGGUUCAACACAUUUACUAUAACAAGGUUCAGCACAUUUACAUUAAUAAGUACAAAACAUUUACAUUAACAAGGUUCAACACAUUUACUAUAACAAGGUUCAACACAUUUACUUUAAUAAGUACAAAACAUUUGCAUUAA